ACUUCAAAAGUCUCUCUCUUUAGAAGAAUUCAAAGUAAAAGGGCUACAAAACCAGAAGCCUUUUAAAUUUUAUAUUAGAUACCUUUGGAACACCACACCUCACAGAUCUUUCUCCGACCACAGCUAUGUCGUCGUCGACCCGGUCAUCUCACUCUCCGAUGACGGACGAUGAACUGUUCUACUCCCUUUCAAGAGAACUGAAGCCCUCUACCCCUGCUAGGGUUGUUAAGCCGUCUUAUGCAAGCACAUUUCUUGGUAAAGCUGGUAGUUUUGGCUUCGAAGUCCUAGACACUCUUGGAAGCAGCAUGGUAGAAUUACGUUCUUAUGGUGGCUUUAUACCUGAUUCAGAUUUAAGAAGGUUUAAAAUAUCUAUGUUUGCAUUUGAGGUGGCUAACACUAUCGUUAAAGGCUUCAGUUUGAUGGAAUCCCUUACGGAUGAAAACAUCCGAAUUCUUUUAAAUGAGACUUUUCUUUUAGAAGGGGUACAACUUUUGGUUUCUACGGAUAAAAAGGAGCUGUUAAGAAUUGCAAUAGCUGACAAGAGAGAGGAAUUUGAAAUCUUUUCUAGAGAAGUGGUGAGAUUUGGAGAUAUGUGUAAAGAUCGUCAAUGGCACAAUUUGGAUCGUGUGUUGUUAACCAUCUCAUAUCUACCAAACAAAAUUCCAAGAGAAGAGGCUGAAAUUGUGAUGCAAGGGCUCGUCAAUUUGGCUCAGCGUACUUCUGAGUUAUACCAUGAGUAUCAUGCUUUGGAUCGACUUGAACAAGUUUAUCGGCGUAAGCUUGAUGGAGUUAAGUCUUUGCAUCUUCAUCGAAAAGGAGAGAGCCCAAUGAUAUUACAAAGCGAGCUAAAGCAUCAAAGGAAGCUCGUGAGGAGCUUGAUAAAGAAAUCUCUAUGGUCAAAAAGUAUGGAGGAGGUUGUGGAGAAGCUUGUAGAUGUUGUGACCUUCAUUCACCAAGCAAUUGCAGAGACAUUUGAUAAAUAUGAUUUACCGGAAAAAGAAGAACAAGGAAAUUCUUAUGCUCUAGCACCCGAAAGCUCAUUUUCAGCUGCAGUUUUAGCAAAGAGUGACGAAAAGAAUGAUAAAAAGACUGACAUAACACCCGAAAGAUUAGGUGUGUCUGGUCUUGCUUUACACUAUGCAAACUUAAUAACUCAGAUAGACAACAUUCUGGCAUCUCAUCCGACGUGCUUACAUCCUAAUGUGAGGGACACAUUAUACCACGGUUUACCAGCCAGUGUCAAGGCAGGGUUACGUGCUCGCUUACAAGCUCUUGAUCCUACAGAAGUGAUGACAAUGCCUCAAAUUAAGGCGGAAAUGGAAAAGACACUUCAUUGGCUCGUUCCUAUGGCUACUAGUACCACAAAAGUGCAUCAAAGUUUCGGGUGGGUUGGUGAGUGGGCAAACACCGGAUUUGAGUUUGGGAACAACACAAUCCGGCUGCAGACAUUAUAUCACGCGGAUAAACACAAAAUGGACCAAUCUAUACUUGAUUUAAUCAUCUUGCUUCACCGUCUAAUAUGUAACCCUGCGAAUGGUCAAUUACCUACUUCAAAGGGGUUGACCCGGCUUUCUAAUGGUCAACUUCAACGGGCCAAGAUAUCACUAGAGGACGCUAAUCUUUUGGAAGAAGUGACGGAACAUAGAAUGGUGGUUCUAGGGGUAAGCAAAAGUCAAGCAUUUGAGACGGUGGGGAAGAAGAAACGUGCUGAAGUUUUUGCAUCAAAUAGAAGCAUGGUGAGUUUACUUCGGAAAGAUGUGAAGUAAAUGCUAAGGGCAUAAGCGAUAGAACAAAAACUCCGUGGUGUAAGAUAAACGCCGACAUGGAAGAGAGAGGGCGGCUAGUCCAUGAUAUGAACCAAUUUGGUAAAAUAGAUGUAAAUGACAAACAAGAAAUGAUUAGAGAUAAAGACUUGGAAAUUCAAUACAUAGGUUUAGGAUCAUGUAAUAAAGAUGAUAUUUGUGAGAAUGAUAAGAAAGAACAUGAUGAGGAUACAUGUUAUUAUUUAAUUUAUUA